UAUGGAUCGAAAUUGAAAUUCGUUACUAAUGCCAACUCAAGACGUUUGGCGCACGCAACAAAAGGCAGUUCAACUCCGUCACCAAUAUUGAUAAGCAUUUCACCACAAAAGCUUUGAAGUAUAGUUGGAUUCUUCCUAGGAAACUUUGGGUCUUGUCUUUGCUAACCAGUGUCUGGGUCGGUCAGUAAAACCGUGUUAUGUAAUGCGCGAUCUUUCAAAUGCGGAAAUACAGAGUAUAGUCAAGCUCCAAGCUCAUAUUCGAGGUAUUCUGGCUCGCACAAGGUUCAAGAAAGCUUUACAAAUUUUUCGAAACAUAGUUUCGGAAUGUGGUGAAUCCGAAGAUAAUUUAAGUCAGUUCCAAUACACGUUUAAUCAUUUUGGGAAGAACAGAACAUGUUCAGUCAACAGCACCAAUACUUCUGAGAAGCUAAAACUUCCUGAGCUGUACGCUCUUAGAAACAAUCUUUUCCUCGAAGCUAUAUGGUUGGAUCAGGCUAUCAACAGUCGUCGUCAUUUUCUGAUGUAUAAACAAGACUUCAAUGCACAUUUCGAUCAAUGAGUAUUGAAGUAAAGAGGUGAAGAAGAAGAAAAACAACAACAACAAUCAAAGUAGAAAAGUGUUAGUAGUGUUGAGUAUACAGGAAGUGCUAUACACUAUUAUUAUCUAAUACACGCAAUCAUUUAAAUGGUUUAUUCAAUGCAUACAAUGUAGCAUAUAAAUGUUUAAGACAUUUUGUUUUAUCACAUUUAUUAUAAACAAAAAAAAGAAAAAUAACCGGAUGACAUUCAUUAAUAAUAAUAAUAAUAAUAAU